AUGAACCGGGCGAUUUUGGAAGGCCCCAAGAGGAGGAUCUCGGGCGCGCACGGAGCUUGGGUGGAGGAGCUUCCCAGCGUCUUAUGGGCAAUGCAGACGACUCCCAAAACCAUCUCGAGGGAGUCUCUAUUCAGCCUCGCCUAUGGGACUGAAGUAGUCCUUCCACCCGAGAUGGUGUUCCUGACCCUACGCACCUCCAGUUACAAACAAAAGGAUUUCGAGGAGGGCCUCCGAGCAAACCUAGAUCUCCUCGUAAAAAGGAGGGCCAAAACACAUCUGCGUACCUUGGCAUACAAGAAGGCAAUAGCCCAGGUCUACAACCACAAAGUCCGCCUGCGGCCGAUCAAAGUCAGGGACCUUGUCCUCCGAAGGGCGGAGGUCAGCGACCCGACCCGAGCAAGGGGAAAGCUCAUGCCCAACUAG